AAAAAAAACUGCUACAGAAGGCUCAUCCUCUCACAAAUUCCAUGUUCUACUUUGGACUGCAGGACAACAAAACAAUAACGACAAAAGGACUCUCCCACGCAUUGUCGACAACGUUGCCAUGAAGUCCUGUCCUCCAAAGCUCACAGCUUUUAAUUAAGAUCAAUUGAGCUAAUAAAAACAGAGGAAACCCAGAAGAAGCCCGCAUCAGCUCUGUGCAUAACGAGGGAUUGAAGAGGAUCUCCUUUGAAUUCUCAUGGGAUUCUUCAUGGGUUUUUGAUCAAUUACAAAACCCAGUAAGGAUUUGGCUCAUCUUCCUUCGCUUGGUUAGUUCUGGUACUAGUUUGUUCAGCUGCUUUUGUUGGUUUUCUCUAUUCUCUUCGUAACUGCUUAGCCCUUAGGUGACAUCUUUUGUGAAUUUUAUCUCACUUGAUCAAAGAUUUCUUAGCCAGGUUAGCUUGUCUAGCUUUUGGUUCAGAAUAAAUUGCUGAUAAUUUUCUUUGAUAACGGAUUCCCUCUUACUGAUAAAUUCGAAACCCCCUUUCCGAUAGUUUGGUCUGUUCUUUGCAUAUUUAUUGUGAAUUUGUGAUACAUUCUUUAAAUUCUUAGCCUUUUAGGUGCUUUUAUAGAAAAGUGCUCUGGUUCUAAAUUACUUUUAUUACCUAUUGUGAAUGCCUCGUUGAGAGUAAGCAUUUUUCUGAAAUUAUGUAUUCAUGCAAAUUUGUUUCCUGCAUGAGCAGUAGAAUAUUUCCUUAGAACUCUUGGACUUAUCUUAUCACUUACCAGUUCCAUUGUGAAGUGAUAUUGAUCUUUCUCUUUCUGUUGACACUCAUCUAAUUUUGUUCCCCAAUUACCAAAUCCUUCUUGUUUGUUAUAUGACACCAAUGUUUCAAGACGAAGGGUCAUCAUCUGCAACUUCAUCUCCUCUCCAAUUCUUUUCCAUGAUGUCGCUUUCACCUAGUUUAGGAUCACCAUACCCAUGGCUUAAAGAGCUAAAAUCCGAGGAGCGGGGUUUGUAUUUGAUCCACUUGUUGCUCACUUGUGCAAAUCAUGUUGCCACGGGAAGCCUUGAAAAUGCAAAUGUUGCCCUUGAGCAAAUUUCCCAACUCGCCUCUGCUGAUGGUGAUACCAUGCAGCGGAUUGCUGCAUACUUCACUGAGGCUCUUGCUGAUCGAAUCCUCAAAGCUUGGCCUGGUCUUCACAGGGCCCUUAAUUCCACUAAAAUAUCUUUGGUUUCUGAAGAAUUUCUAGUUCGGAAAGUGUUUUUUGAGAUGUUGCCAUUCCUAAAGGUGGCUUUUGUGCUUGCAAACCAAGCUAUUACUGAAGCCAUGGAAGGGGAAAAGAUGGUCCAUGUAAUUGAUCUCAAUGCAGCUGAACCUGCACAAUGGAUUGCUCUUCUUCAAGUUUUAAGUGCAAGGCCUGAAGGUCCACCUCAUUUGAGAAUUACUGGUGUUCAUCAACAGAAAGAGGUGCUAGAUCAAAUGGCUCAUAGGUUGACCGAGGAAGCAGAAAAACUGGAUAUCCCUUUUCAGUUCUGUCCCAUAGUCAGCAAAUUGGAAAAUCUUGAUAUGGAAAAACUUCGCAUCAAAACUGGUGAGGCUCUAGCUAUCAGCUCAGUUCUUCAGUUGCACUCCCUUUUGGCGUCUGAUGAUGAACUCUUGAAAAAGAAAUCCCCGUUAGCAUCAAAGAGUUCAAGUGGAAUUCCCAUGCCAAGAGUAUUGCAAAUGAACCAAGGCACCCUGGGUGAGUUGCUAGAGAAAGAGAUGGGCAACGGGUAUAGUGCGAGUCCUGACUCAACCUCAUCAUCGCCACUAUCUUUGACUGCUUCGGUGAAGUUGGAUAGCUUUCUUAAUGCAUUUUGGAGCUUGACACCAAAGGUGAUGGUAAUAACCGAACAAGAUUCUAACCAUAAUGGCUCCACUCUAAUGGAGAGGCUAUUGGAAGCUCUGUACUCAUAUGCUGCAUUGUUUGAUUGCUUGGAGUCUACAAUGGCGAGAAAUUCAAUAGAGAGACUGAAGGUGGAGAAGAUGCUCUUUGGGGAGGAAAUAAAAAACAUUAUAGCUUGUGAGGGAUGUGAGAGGAAGGAAAGACAUGAAAAGCUUGAGAAGUGGAUUCAAAGGCUUGAUUUAGCUGGGUUUGGAAAUGUACCUUUGAGCUAUUAUGGAAUGCUGCAGGCAAAGAGGUUGUUGCAGGGCUAUGGUUGCGAUGGUUAUAGAAUGAGGGAAGAGAAUGGUUGUGUGUUGAUUUCCUGGCAAGAUCGACCCCUAUUUUCUGUCGCAGCUUGGAGGUGCAGGAAGUAGAAUAUGGAACAUUGUCAUGGAUCUCAUGGUGUUUGAGUUUCUCGUCUAAUUACGAAGAAUUUUGUUCAUCUGCAAGUGAAUACUGCUAGGAGUGAUACAAAGGCCCUCGUCUUACCCAAAAGAAAGGAAAAGAAUGCUGGCCCUCUUGUUUAUGUGUUUACAUUUCAUUUGUUUAAUCUUCUUUUUUUCAUUUUAAUUCUAAUUGAACUAAUACUGACCUUUGGUCUUUGUGUCUAUAUGCCUAAGUUGCUAAUGGAGUUUGUUGUGUUAUGAUAUACUUUUUUCUCU